UUGCCGCGAACCUUUGUUUGUGCAAGUAACUUCUCUUGAAACUGAAGGAACUACAGCUGGAUUUUCUGAAUUAUUUUACGCCACAUACUACACCUGGGCCUGGGUAGUGCACCCGCAUGAGCUGAAAUGGACGAAUAUGACGAACUGUUCGAGAUAGAAGACCAGUUUGAGGACCAGUAUGCGGACGAGCUGGAGGUUCUGGCUCAGAUAGAAGAGGACGAACAUAAGCCGGCGAAGCGCCAGAAACCGGCCGCUGCUGAUGACAUCUCAGACAUACAGCACCUUUUGGAUGACCGGCGCAUGACUCCAAAGGCAAAAACGCUGGAUUGUGGCGUGGUUAAGCGACUUUUUAACUCAUCACAAACCCCGGAGAGGAAAGUCCCAUCGCAGCGUGAUAACAUCACACCACCAGCUUCUCCUGAGCGUUAUGAGCCCUCUGACGUCCACAGGUCCACCACUUCUCUGUUGGAUAUCAGUGGCUUUCUUGCGAUCCCAGAGACACCUGGACGUCCUCCCAGUACAGCACCUGCAUCUCUGCGUGUGUUGAAGCGACCUCCUCCGGAUGGAGAAUACGUCAGCGUGACUGAUUCAUCAGGGAAUCGAGUCUACCUCAGACAGAAAGAAGACACUUUGACUAAGAUAGCGGACUCCAGAGCGAUCCCAAACUCUCUUGGUGGACUGGGACUGCUGGGAGUGCCGAUAGGAGUGCUGAGGGUACAAGUAGCGGAGAGGCGCCACCAGCAGCUUGUUGAGGAAUCUCAGCGUCUUACAGAGCUGUUGAACCGCAGCGGAAACGACGUCUUAGUUGAAUCUGAAAACACAGAAAAUGAAGAGAACGAGGACCCGGCCGAAACAGAGGGUAAAACGUCCCGACUGUGGGUGGAUAGAUUUUCUCCACGCCAUUACACAGAGCUUCUCAGCGAUGACUUCACGAACCGCUGUCUGCUCAAGUGGUUGAAACUUUGGGACACUGUGGUGUUUGGAAGAGAGAGGAAGUCCCGCCUUGCACGCCCUGACAGACAGGCUGCAAAUCAGAACUCAUUCAAACCAAAUCAAGGAAAUCAGUUUCAAAAUCGCUUCAAGAGCAAGAUUGAGAUAACCGAGGAGCUUCUGGAGUCUGAACUGGACCAGUACAAACGACCCAGAUUUAAGGUGGCACUGCUGUCGGGUCCUCCUGGUUUAGGGAAGACAACGCUGGCUCAUGUCAUAGCAAAGCAUGCUGGGUACAAUGUGGUGGAGAUCAAUGCAAGUGACGAUCGCAGCGCAGAGGUGUUCCAGAAACGCAUCGACUCGGCAACACAGAUGAAAUCAGUUUUAGGAGCCAAUGAGAGACCGAACUGUCUCAUCAUCGAUGAGAUCGAUGGAGCACCUGCAGCAGCGAUCAAUAUACUGUUGGCGGUUCUGAACAGGAAAGAGGGACACAGUGGGGAGUCUGCCACAGAGACUAUGAAGAAGAAGAAAAAGAAGGAGCACAUCCUGCUUCGACCAAUUAUCUGCAUCUGUAAUGAUCUAUACACUCCCGCUCUCAGACCUCUCAGGCAGCAGGCCUUCCUCUUAGUUUUCCCACAAACUCAGCCUUCCCGGCUCACACAGAGACUGGCAGAAAUCUCGCUCCGUGAGGGCCUAAAGGCCGACACAGCAGCUCUGGUGACUCUGUGUGAGAAGACGGACAACGACAUACGCUCCUGCAUCAACACGUUACAGUUUCUUCACGGUCGAGGGGUUAAGCAGCUGGACAGCAAAACCAUGCAACACCUCUCCGUCGGACAGAAGGACCAGAACAAAGGCUUCUUCCACCUGUGGCAGGAGAUCUUCCAGUUGCCACGUACAAAACGGAAACGUAUCGGUGAGGGGUUUGAGGAAGCACCGGGUUCAGGAAGUGGAGCUCAAAGGUUCCAGCACAUUCUACAUCUCGCUUCAUCUAAUGGAGAAUAUGAAAAGGUGUCUCAGGGUCUGUAUGACAAUUACUUGUCGAUGCGCGUGAGGGACCCCAACCUGCAGGGCGUGUGCGACGCUCUGGACUGGCUGUCGUUCUCCGACAGGCUGAACCAAGUGAUCCUGCACGGGCAGAACUUCACCCUCAUGAGAUACCUGCCCUUCCUCUCCAUCACCUUUCACUUCCUGUUUGCUCACACACAUGUGCCUCGCAUCGCCUUUCCCCAUAGCCAACAUGAGGCUUCCUCUCGUCUCCUCAGCAGCAGGAAUGCUUUGUCCACCAUGUUGGCUGACAUCCCAGCAUGCAUCAGAACGAGGAUCAGCCAGAUGACCCUGACCCUCGACUUUCUCACGCUGCUUCUCGACAUCAUCUGUCCGAAACUGCGGCCCGUGAAUCCCCAGCUGUUCAGCACCAGAGAGAAGGAGCAGAUGCACGAGCUGAUCGACACCAUGCUGGCCUACAAUCUGUCCUACAGGCAGGACCGAACACCCGAGGGCCAGUACAUGUACAUGCUGGAGCCACGUAUCGAGGAGGUGGCGACGUUUCCAGGCCUUCCCCCGCGUCGCCAGCUGACUUACCAAGCCAAGCAGACGAUCAGCAGAGAGAUGGAGCAGGAGAAGAUGAGGAGAGCCGAGCAGAUGAUGCUGCAGCGAAACCCUCCAAAGAAAGCGGAAGAGAAGAAGAGUGCUGGUCUUAAACCAACCAGGAACCAUCAGCAGAGGCUGGAGCACAUCGUCAAACAGACCACAGUGGAGACCAGGCCGGAGCUGGAUUUCUUCGGGCGAGCCGUUGCCCCCAGACCUCAGAGACCUCAGCCCUCCUCAGACACAGGUGAGAAAUGCGGCAUUCUUGCGAUGGGCACGGCGGUGGGCAACAGCGACGUGUGGUUCCGCUUCAACGAGGGCAUGUCCAACGCCGUCAGACGAAACGUCUACAUCAGAGAACUUCUGUAGCACCUGUAUAUACGUUUGUUUUAUAUGAACACAUUCAAAUCAAUCCAUAAUUCAUCUGUUAAUUCAAAACAGUCUUUAUUUUGAUUGACAGUGUAAAGAGCCAAUAAAAAGGUGUUGUUGAACAUUGCUCAAACCUCUAGAAAGCUAUUCAGUGCUAUAAACAUGAUAAUAGCAGUAGUGCGUGCGUGUGUGCGUGCGUGUGUGUGGGAGUGCAGCAAGGCUGUGUGGGAGUGCAUGAUUCUCUAGGUUUUAUGCAUCCGUGAUUGAUUUGUAAGUGCGUGUGCGACCAUUAGAGGAUCACACACUUCCCCUUCUCCACCCAGGGGUUGGCUCGCAUCAGCUCAGGAUUCAGAAAUGGAUCUUCACAAACACAUCCCUCAAUCCACUUCACCAGCCUAGAAAAGACAAACACCGUCACCAGCAUGGAUAAAACGCAUUACCUAACAGAGAGAGAGGGGCACUCACUCGGUAACGGUGAUGGAGGACUUCUCUCUGCUGAUUGCCAGUUGAUACUGAAGACUUUCCACUUCUCUCCUCAUCUGUGGGACAUCUAAUUCUUCCAUGAUGCUGCUGCCGUUCACACACAAAACCAAAAGGAGAAGCAACACACUUGAGCUGACGGAUGUGGAAGCUCUGUUGCAAACAUGCACCGUCACUCUAUUUUUACUUGAGGUUUCUCUUCUGGUCCAAAAAGAAAACUGAAGCAACCUGUACAUUGAUUAUCUUGUUCAUGUUUUCUCCCGUCAUUUAAGGAUGUCUACAAGAGUUAAGAUUAUGCGUGAUUACACUUUAAAGCAACCUGUGUUCUUCUUAUUAUUGUUGUUAUUGAUAAGUCUUCAUUCAAAAUAAAUAUCUAGUGGUCUCUUU